CUGCUAAAUUAAGGGAAGACUAAACUAUUCUUUCCCCUGCAGCCUUACGUAACCUCAGAAAAUCAUGUUCAAAAGAAACCAUCUGAUUCUGCUUUAACUGUGCUCUGCUGGUUGCAACAAGUGGUUUGAUGGACGGGGCGCGUUUGGUUUUCAUUAGAUUGUCUCGACACUGACCCCCUGCCCCAUCAAACAGUAAUAUGAAACCAGCCUUCUGGCAGACGCACUGUGCGGAAGAGAGCCGAGCAGAGCUGAUGCAGUCUGCGCUGCUUUCACUACCUGGUGCGCAGGCUGGACUGGCUGCUGCACACCACAAACUACACACUAAACUACCGACCCGGGCGAUGGCAGAGAGGUGGUGUCCGUGGGCAUAGACGGUGAAGCUGUGCUGUCUUCGCUGAAGGAUUAUUCGUGCUUGUUUUCUUCCUCCUGGAGGAGUGAUAUCGCAGCCAUGGUUUGCUGUCAGACUCCCAGAAGUUUACGCAGAGGCGACCUGGGCUGCGCUCCUCUGCUGGCUGCUGCGCUGCUCAGUCUGCUGCUCGCAGGGAUGCAACAAACCACAGCGUUUCCCUCCUGGAGGUUAGAGGAAGAAGCUUACACCACUGCGUUGCUCAUCGGGAUCCGCAAAGAGGCCCGCUCACAAGUUCUUCACCUGUCCAGGAACAAGCGCUACACCCUCACCCCGGAGCAGCUCAAAUGGGACAAGUUCAAGCUAACAUACAAGUUGCUCUCCUACCCUACAAACUUGAUAAAUGCCAGCGACACACGGAGAGGCAUUGCCAAGGCGUUUGGCAUGUGGAGCGACGUCUCGCCGUUCAGCUUCAGAGAGGUGCCAGCUGACCAGGAAGCAGACAUAAAGAUCGGCUUCUACCCCGUCAACCACACGGACUGUCUGCAGUCCUACUUGCACCAUUGUUUUGACGGCAUCACAGGAGAGUUGGCUCACGCAUUCUUCCCGCCAACUGGCGAGAUCCACUUUGACGACCAUGAAUACUGGAUUCUGGGAAACAUGCGCUUUAGCUGGAAGAAAGGGGUUUGGUUGACAGAUCUUGUCCAUGUGGCAACUCAUGAAAUCGGCCACGUCCUGGGACUCAUGCACUCUAUGAACCACAAAGCGAUAAUGCACCUGAAUGCAACUUUAACAGGGCGCAAACUUGUCACACAGGAUGAUGUGUGGGGCAUGCAUCGUCUCUACGGAUGUUUGGACCGGUUAUUUAUCUGUCCAGCUUGGGCUCGGAAAGGCUAUUGCGACAGCAAGCGCAAGCUGAUGCAGAAGCACUGCCCCUCCAGCUGUGAUUUCUGUUACGAUUUCCCUUUCCCCACCAUGGCUCCCACUCCGAUGCCCCCACGGACCAAACACAAGCUGGUGGUCGAGGGCAAGAAGCUCACUUUUCGUUGUGGGAAGAAAAUAGCAUCAAAAAAAGGCAAAGUAUACUGGUACAAGGACGGGGAGCUGCUGGAGUUCUCUCACCCAAACUACAUCUCACUGAAAGACGACCACAUCACUAUAGUGGCCAACGCCAUCAACGAAGGCACAUACACCUGCAUCGUGAAGAAAAAAGACAAAGUCCUCACAAACUACUCGUGGAGAGUACGUGUGCGCUUCUGAAGGCUGCCUCAGCGCUCUCCACACUGAAGAGGACUCAUCCACACACGGUCUCAAGACCACCUCAUUCACUAGGGCACAUACUUGUGGUUUUUUUUAGGACUGUCUUUACUGAUACAAGUGUCUAUCUUUGAUUGCCACUGCGUUUUAAUGUGUAUAAAUAAUAAAUGUUCCAUGACAAGUUGAAUUUCAGUGAAUAUACUACCUGACUGUGAAAGCUAUCAUGGCAGCCGCUGCGGUUUGCAUUUCAUUUGGUGAUGAAAGAUCCGUGCAGCCGUGCUCAUCUGUUCGGGACAAUAGCCUGGACGUGUCCAUAUAGCUCCUGCUGAGAAGACAGUGAUGUUUCCAAGGCCACCCAGACGCUCCAGUGGGGUCCACAGCUAAAUGGGACCAACUUAGAUAUCAUUGUGGUUUCAUUGAAAAGGUAGAGGCCAAGUUGGAGAGAGAUAUCAGUAUCACAGGAACACAAAAAUCUUCCACUUGAGGUCCCUGGGAAAAAAAGUGUCAUCCAAAAAAUAUCAAUCAUCCAAGGUGCAUGAAAAAGUAACAGAAGCUCGUGCUCAGACGAGUGCCAUUUGAAUAAUUUACGCACUGACCAAAGUAAGCUACGAAAGCCAGAGUAAGCAAUGUUGUCUACAGCCUUUGGAACUAUUUGGACUUUAAACCACAUAUGGAACACCUCAGACGUCUAGCUUACUUUACUAGCCUCACAUUGAAGCCAGCAGUCUGCCUCCAGAGACUGAGCCGUCAGUUCCACUCGCUGCUCUCCUUCCAAGCUUAUUCAACACAUCAGGUGUAAUAAUCUGCAGAAGGGCUCCAGUGGGGGCUGGGGGAUAGAUAAAACUGAUUAAUGAACAUUUCCAUUUAGCGCUGGCUCUAGACGCCUCGAGGCAAGGGGACUGUACGGCACCGGUUCCAGUGAAAGCAGCGAACGGUCUUGCAAGGAAAUUUAACUGAACUGUUUAUUUUUCUUGGGAUCAAAAUCAAAGAAUUUAUUGGUUUAAUUCUGAAGUCGUAGAACCAUUUAAAAACAAAGGCAGAGAGACGUCUGGGCCUCUUUUCCCCCGAAAGAACAAAGUACUGAGACAAAGUGUGCAGUGCAAAGAAUGACAUCACUUUUGGACAGCGACGACUAACUGGGGUUCAAGGCUGGAUCUUUUUUUAAAGCUCCACUUCCUGUAACUUUUUUCUCCUCUGGCAGAGUGCGGCUGUGUUUGCAUAGUUUGGACAGAGUUUAUAAAUAUAGAAAAAACAGCAGACAAAACAAAGUUUCAAACUUUAUUUCUAGCAAAAACAGUUUCCUCCUUUCAUGAAGUGACCUGACAGCCCAAAGUAACUUUCUGACAUAAUGCUGGAUGGAGCACACAGCCAAUGCUGCAUCAUUAUACAGUAGCUCCGGCAGCCAGGAAAUACCAACCAUUUAGAAAAAUCUGGUCCUCUCAUGAAGCAUACACGUGAAAAUAAAACAAAACAGAGCUACACUUCCAACAGAUUUAUGGUUCUGAGCGUCUCCUCUUCAAGAGCUGAAAAACCACAUUUCAACAAGGAGCCUGAAAGAAGGAGAAGAAGAAGCCGUAAAGUUGGUUAAGUCUCAACAUGUUUGUUGCGUCCAGUCUUGCUGCGAGACAGUCCUGACUGUUCAGUGAUAGUGUAUCCCAUAAUGAUCUGGUUUAACGCUGUAAACCAGUGAUCUAGUCCAGCUCCAAUAGUAGUCCCAGAACUCUUUGCUCCCUCUCCCUCCUCAGUGAGACAGCCAGGUUUCCUGCAGGAUUUGGACUCAGAACUUAAGGCUGAAUCCUGGACCGACUGCAGACGCUCCCUGGUUGCUGGUUGUCAGGUGGAAGCCUGUGUCCUUCAGGUCAUCAUCGCCCUGCAGAGGUUAUGGAAACAAAUGUAACUGUUAUUGACUGUUUUCACUUUCACUACUUUAUUACUUCCUGCAUAUUUAUUGUAAAGCUGACUGACUCUACACUGGGUCCUUUAAAACCCCUUCACUAGAGAGGGCUCUGAUGAAACAGGAUGAAGUAUGCAUGAGUUUCUUUGUUAACAAUUGAAUUAAAGUUAUUAUUUCCUGCUUAUUUUGUUCCAAGGUUUGUUUUUCAAGCAUCUGCACCUUGAUAAGAAUAAAAGUGAGAUAAACAUCCAGAG